CGAUCAAAAUUCAAAACCAAACCCUUAUUCAUUGUAGACAUGUCUUCUACAUCAAUACCAAUACUUGUUUUCCUUCUCUUCACUUUAACAUAUCUUUUAUUCAAACACUUCUUACAUCCAAAACCAAAAACAAAGCCACCAGGUCCACCGGCGCUACCAAUAAUCGGAAACCUCCACCUAUUAGGUACCCUUCCACAUAGAACACUUCAAUCACUCUCCAAGAAAUAUGGUCCAAUUAUGUCCUUACAAUUGGGUCAAGUCCCAGCUAUUGUCAUUUCAUCUUCAAAAGCAGCAGAAUCAUUCCUCAAAACUCACGACAUCAAUUUCGCAAGCCGACCAAAAAUUCAAGGAUCUGAACUCUUAUCAUAUGGCUCUAAAGGGAUGGCUUUUUCUGAGUAUAGUCCUUAUUGGCGGAAUGUGAGAAAACUUUGCACCGUAAAACUUCUUAGUGCUUCAAAAGUUGAGAUGUUUGGUCCAAUUAGGAAGGAGGAGUUGGAUGUUUUGGUUAAAUCUUUGGAGAAAGCUUCUUUGGUGGGUGAGGUUGUGAAUGUUAGUAAUGUUGUAGAGAAUCUUAUUGAAGAUAUUAUGUAUAAGAUGAUAUUGGGUAGGAGUAAGUAUGAACAAUUUGACUUGAUGAAGUUGGUUCAAGAAGCAACGAUUUUGAUUGGAGCUUUUAAUCUUGCUGAUUAUGUUCCUUGGCUAGGUGCAUUAGAUAUUCAGGGGUUAACACGGUCGUGCAAGAAAACGAGUAAAUCACUUGAUGAGGUGUUGGAAUUGAUAAUAACAGAGCAUGAACAAACUACUAAUGUACACAAAACUGAUCAUGAAGACUUCGUCGACAUACUUCUUUCGGUUACGAGUGAAGCCAUCAAUCCAGAAAAUGAACAAAAUCUUGUUAUUGAUCGAACUAACAUUAAGGCAAUUUUACUAGACAUGAUUGUGGCAGCAGUUGAUACAUCCUCUACCGUGAUUGAAUGGACUUUAUCUGAACUUCUAAGCCAUCCAAGAGUAAUGAAAAUUCUUCAAGAUGAAAUACAAAAUGAAGUAGGGAAUAAUAGAAUGGUUGAAGAGAAGGAUUUGAAGAAGUUUAAUUACUUAGAUAUGGUGAUUGAUGAAGCGUUAAGACUAUAUCCUGUUGCACCUUUAUUAGUCCCUCGUGAAUGUAGAGAGAGUAUUACAAUUGAUGGUUAUUUUAUUAAGGAAAAGACACGAGUUAUAGUAAAUGCAUGGGCUAUAGGGAGAGAUUUGAAUGUUUGGUCGGAAAAUGCCGAAGAAUUUUAUCCAGAAAGAUUUAUUAACAAGAAAAUGAAUUAUCAAGGACAAGAUUUUGAAUCUAUACCAUUUGGUUCUGGUCGUAGACGUUGUCCUGGAAUUCAAUUGGGUUUAGUUACAGUUAAAUUGGUUAUAGCUCAAUUGGUACAUUCUUUUAAUUGGGAACUUCCCUAUAAUACCAACCUGUCUGAUUUGAACAUGGAGGAGAAAUUUGGACUCUCUAUACCAAGAGCUCAACACUUGCAUGCAAUUCCGAGUUAUCGUUUGUCAAGUGCACCAGGUCCCCAACCAUUACCAAUAAUUGGAAACCUCCAUCUAUUAGGCACACUUCCACAUAGAACACUUCAAUCACUCUCCAAAAAAUAUGGUCCAAUCAUGUCCUUACAACUUGGUCAAGUUCCAGCUAUUAUCAUUUCAUCUUCAAAAGCAGCUGAAUCAUUCCUCAAAACUCAUGACAUCAAUUUUGCAAGCCGACCAAAGAUUAAAGCAUCUGAACUCUUGUCUUAUGGAUCCAAAGGGGUGGCUUUUUCUGAGUAUAGUCCUUAUUGGCGUAGUGUGAGAAAACUUUGCACUUUGAAACUUCUUAGUACUUCAAAAGUUGAGAUGCUUGGUCCUAUUAGGAAGGAGGAGUUGGAUGUUUUGGUUAAAUCUUUGGAGAAAUCUGCUUUGGUGGGUGAGGUUGUGAAUGUUAGUGAGGUUGUAGAGAAUCUUAUUGAAGAUAUUACGUAUAAGAUGAUGUUGGGUAGGAGCAAGUAUGAAAAAUUUGACUUAAAGAAGUUGGUUCGAGAAUCAACAAUUUUGGUUGGAGCUUUUAAUCUUGCUGAUUAUGUUCCUUGGCUAGGUGCAUUUGAUAUUCAGGGGUUAACACGAUCGUGCAAGAAAACGAGUAAAUCACUUGAUGAGGUUCUGGAAGUAAUAAUAAAAGAGCAUGAACAAAGAUCUAAUGUAGAUAAAACUCAUCAUGAAGACUUCGUCGACAUACUUCUUAUGAACCAAACCAUCGAUCCAGAAAAUGAAAAUGAACAAAAUCAUGUUAUUGAUCGAAGUAACAUUAAGGCAAUAUUACUAGACAUGAUUGUGGCAGCAGUUGAUACAUCUGCUACCGCAAUUGAAUGGGCCUUAUCCGAACUUCUAAGGCAUCCAAGAGUGAUGAAAAAACUUCAAGAUGAGAUACAAAAUGAAGUUGGAACUAAAAGAAUGGUUGAAGAAAAGGAUUUGAAGAAGUUGAAUUACUUAGAUAUGGUGAUUGAUGAAACAUUAAGACUAUAUCCUGUUGCACCCUUACUAGUUCCUCGUGAAUGUAGAGAGAGCGUAACAAUUGAUGGUUAUUUUAUAAAGAAAAAGACACGAGUUAUAGUAAAUGCAUGGGCUAUUGGGAGAGAUUCGAAUGUUUGGUCAGAAAACGUUGAAGAAUUUUAUCCAGAGCGAUUUGCUAACAAGAAAAUGAAUUAUCAAGGACACGAUUUUGAAUCUAUACCAUUUGGUUCUGGUCGAAGACGUUGUCCUGCAAUUCAAUUGGGUUUAGUUAGUAUUAAUUUGGUUAUAGCUCAAUUGGUGCAUUGUUUUGAUUGGGAACUUCCCUAUAAUACCAAUCCUUCCAAUUUAAAUAUGGAGGAGAAAUUUGGACUCUCUAUACCAAGAGCUCAACAAUUGCAUGCAAUUCCGAGUUAUCGUUUGUCAAGUGAUGUCAAGCAUGAAUGAAUAGGUCCAAGAAGACAAUACAUAACUAUGUUUUUAUUCAA